AUGGAACUGCUAUAUUUGUUACCGACUCCUCUGACCCUUCACCUCUCCAGCAGCUCCUCCACCAUGAGCCUCCUUUCGUGCUCGGUCGAGGGCGCGGAGUCCCACAGCGACACCGCCUCCCCGGUCUCUCUGCACUCCAGUGCUUUCUUCAGCGAGACGACGACGACGAGGGCGUCCUGUGUCAAAGACCCACUGGACUUCUUCGUCAUCAACGUCGGCGGGAGUCGCUACGUGCUGUCCCAGGAGCUGCUGGCGUCCCACCCGGAGAGCCGGCUGGGGAAACUGGCCUGCUGCGGCCGCGACUCGGCCCUGGAGCCGUGCGACGACGCCGACCUCCUGGGGAACGAGUUCUUCUUCGACCGAAACUCACAGACCUUCCAGUACGUGAUGAACUUCUACCGGACGGGUCACCUGCACGUCAGGGAGGAGCUGUGCGAGGUCUCCUUCCUGCAGGAGAUCGAGUACUGGGGCAUCGACGAGCUUCGAAUCAACCCCUGCUGCCGCGAGCGUUACCAUCGCCGCAAGGAGCAGAAGGAGAACCUCGAGGUCCAGAGAGACUUUGAGCCCGACGAAGGUGAUGAGGAUUUUGUGGGCGCCGCCUUCCCCGCUCUCCGACGGCGCCUGUGGGACUUUCUGGAGAAACCUGAAACCUCACGAGCUGCUCGCACCUUCUGCUCGCUGUCGGUCUUCUUCGUGGUGCUGUCGGCUGUCGACAUGGUGCUCAUCUCGCUGGACUCGGGGAAGGACUUUGGCGUGAGUGAUGUCACCGUCGGGGAACUGUUGCCGUUCGACACCCUGGAGUACGUGUGCGUGGUGUGGUUCACCGGCGAACUUGUGCUCCGGUUCCUCUGCGUGAGGGACAAGUGUCGGUUCAGUCGGAGCAUCCCCAACGUGAUCGACCUGCUGGCCAUCCUGCCGUUCUAUGUGACGCAGGCGGUGGAGAGCCUCCACGGAGGAACCACGGAGCUGGAGAACAUGGGCCGCGUGGUGCAGGUCCUCCGACUCCUCCGGUCCCUCCGCAUGCUGAAGCUGGGACGACACUCGACAGGCCUGAAGUCUCUGGGUUUGACCAUCGCCCAGUGCUACGAGGAGGUCGGCCUCCUGCUCCUCUUCCUGGGAGUUGGCAUCUCCAUCUUCGCCGUGGUGGUCUUCGCACUGGAGCACGACCUUCCCGCCACCACCUUCACCAGCGUGCCGGCCGCUUGGUGGUGGGCGACCACCUCCAUGACCACCGUCGGCUACGGGGACAUCCGGCCCGACACGGCGGUGGGCAAGGUGCUGGCCUUCCUCUGCAUCCUGUCCGGGAUCCUCAUCCUGGCGCUGCCCAUCGCCAUCAUCAACGACCGCUUCUCCGCCUGCUACUUCACGCUGAAGGUGAAGGAGGCGGCGACGCGGCACGGCGAGAUGCUGAAGAGGCUGGCCCGCGGCCCGGCGGGGGAGGGAGGAGGAGUCGGGGGAGGCGUGAACCUGAGGGACGCCUACGCCAGCAGCGUCCUGGAGAUGUUGAGGCCGCGGGGGCGCGAGCGGGCGAGCACCCGCAGCAGCGGAGGAGAAGAGCUGUGGUGGUAGAACCAGCAGAGCGUCCGGCGUCACGGCGGCCGAACGCCACGGGAGUCCGAGGGUGCGCGGUUCAUGAGCAAGGCACUGAAACGCAGCCGCUGCUGGGACUCAUUCUCACUGGAGGAAAAUCUUUCCUCACACUAUUCCUUCCUACGUCAACCUUCCGUCGCAGCUGUCAUAUUUGAUGCUUCUGGCCUGAGUGGACAGUUUAACUCAUUUAACUGGACAACGUGUUGAUUGGCUCGUCACAGUUUCGUCAGCGCAACUUCAGUGUCACAGGCAAAGAUAGGAAAUGUGUGCGUCCGUCUCUUAGACUUAGUGAAACUUCACUGUUGAAAAUAUUCCCGUACAAAUUUGAAUUACACACUGUAUACAAAAAUCCCAGGUCAGUGCUUUUAUUCAGGCCAUCGAUGUGACAUUUGAAAAGACCCACAGGAGACGGUUCUUCACUGCAGGACUGAGUCAGACGGCGGGCAAGGGGGAAAAAAACUCAACAGCCUGCAGGGUUUCACCGAGGCAUGUGCUCGUCCGGUGAACAGAGAUCAUGUUACGUGUGGGUGAAAACACAACUUCCCACUGAUGCAGGACUCGAUGUGGCAGCGUGAUUUUUACCCUGUGAAACCGUCUUCGCUAAAUGAACUCUUCGUGACGAGGGGCAGGGAGCAAAACACCUUAUAUGGUCGAUUAUUCUUCUUUGCCCGACUCGUGCACAAAUCCCUGCGGGUGACGUUCAUCAUGGUUACGAACUUAAUUUACUCACCUUUGUGAAGAUAGAAGUGUGUGAUGAAUGCGACGUGGCCAGAUUAGGGGUGGGCGGUAUCUCGAAUAUAUUUGAUGUAUCGCGUGCUCGUUGCACAUGAGAUGUAUUAAAUGACUAUAUCGCAAACACAG